CUCAUGUCUGACUAUGAUAAAUCAAUAUACAUGAGCACCUGGCUCAAGGAUGGCUCUCUGAAGUCAUGGUUUUGGGUGAUUGAAAAGAUUAAGCCCCAGCUUCUCCAUGAUCAUGCCAUCCUCAUCGAGAACUUUCAUGCACAUUUUGGUGACUCCAAUUUCAUCAAUAGCCAGAUGGACAAGAUCAAGAAGCUUGUCCAACAUUUAUCUGCUGCCAAGUAUGCCUUUGCAUUCUGCGAAAUCUUCAUCCACCUCCCUAUCCAUGAUGACCUGAUCAAGAUCAAUAUGUUCAAGAAGGGCCUCAAGGAUGAC